UAAUGGUGCGUGAAAGUUUGGUUUUUAGUUUGCCCAAUAAACCGACAUGAUCAAAUUCAUGGAUUAGAAGAUAGAGGGAAGUCCAGGAGAUACCGAGUCAUCAAGGAAAUCAAGAAGGAGGGGUCGCUGCAGUCAUGGGAGAUAAAGAGACUGGCUCAGGUGGGAACAGGCUGAAAAGACAACUCAUCGACGGCUCGUAUCGUCAGAAGAAGCCUUGGUCUCACUGCUGGUUCCAGGUCCUGCUCCUGCUUUGUGUGGUGCUCUUCAUCUUGUGUUACACUCUGUCCAAUAGCUCUCUGUCGAGGUGGGAGAAUUAUCCACUCCAUGAGCAAUACCGGAGGUUUUUCAGUCAGCCCAAUCAGGAUAAUCAAACUCCUUUUUAUCAGGCCUAUGCAACACACAGAGUUAAAACAAAUGAAAUCCUUGAAACUGCAGAAAUCCCUAAUGUACCAGCUACUGCACCAUCCACUAUACCAGUUAUAAUACCACCUACUGUACCACCUUCUGGCAUUCAGUACCACCAAGCCUAUGCACGCAACUACCACUUUAUUAUGGACAACACAGAGGUGUGCAAGACCAAGUCCCCUUUCCUGGUCCUUAUGGUUCCAGUGGCACCAAAUGAUGUAGCAGCCCGGGAUGCAAUCCGGCAGACAUGGGGCAAAGACAGCAAGGUUCAGGGCGAGGUGGUGCUCACUCUGUUCAUGCUGGGCUCCUCUAGAGGAGCGGACGUUGGUCAGGUGCAGGAGGAGCUCAAACGGGAGAAUCUGCAGCACCGUGACCUGAUUCAGAGUGACUUCAUGGACACGUACCUCAAUCUGACCAUCAAAACCAUGGUGAUCAUGGAAUGGCUGGUCACACGCUGCCCUACAGCAGCAUACGCCAUGAAGAUUGACUCAGACAUGUUCCUGAACAUUGACAACUUAUUGAUCAUGCUACAGACGCCAGGCAUCCCCAAGCAGAGAUACCUGACAGGGAUGCUUAUGUGGAACAGGCCAGUUGUGCGCUCAAAGGACUCCAAAUGGUACGUCCCUGAGGAGAUGUACUCAAAACCCACAUACCCGACCUACACUCUGGGCAUGGGAUAUGUCUUCUCCAAUGAUCUUCCAGUUAAGCUUGUGGAAGUCUCAAAAUCAGUCAAACCCUUUAAUAUUGAGGAUGCUUACAUUGGAGUGUGCAUGGAAAAGCUAGGGCUUGCACCCACAUCACCGCCAAACCCCUCCCAGUUCAAGGCCUAUUCAACAAAGUAUGAUCGCUGUGAAUACUCCAAGAUCAUCACCUACAUUCUUGGGUCUUCGGAAGAGUUGGUGAGAUACUGGACUGACUUGAAGAAGCCCGGACCACCUUGUUAGGACAUGGUUGACUACAGACGCACUGAGAAAUCACAUGGGUGGCAUUCAAUUAGGUUAACUUAUUAAGGAUUUCUACUCUUCUGGUAGAUAGCACUCAUAGCAUCCUCAUUUCAGAAAUGAGGCUUGGGAUGACCAGUUUGGAGAGGUUACAGAGGUUUCUGAAUAACUGCACUAUAUAAAUGUCCAAAAGAAGCCAUUUAUUUACUUGUGUGUAUUUAAAACUCUUUAGGCUUGCCAACAAGAAAAUAUAGCUGUUUAUUCAUCCUGACAUGUAAAGUAAAGCAAAAAUGUGAACAAGUGGAAUUAAAAGUACUCUGAGGAUGGCUAAUGGUGUCGAAGAGCCAUGUUUUGACGAGCAUGUACCAUGGUUAUACCUGGAAGUCUACAAAGGCAGACAUGCCUGCCUCCAUCACCAGGAUGCCCGGAUACACACUUUGUUAACUGCAGGGUGCUGCAGGAAAUUAGCAGUGAAUCACUCUUUAAAGGAAAAGAAGUCUACUUGAAUCGAAUGCAAUGAACGCAAGGUGAA